AUGGACUCUUCACGCCAGACACUGGAGCUGCCGAGCUCGAUACGCGUCCUGACCCUCAACUGCUGGGGCCUCAAAUUCAUCUCGAAGCUCCGCCAUGAACGCCUGGUAGAGAUCGGCAACCACCUCGCCAAACUAUCGCCCGCCCCGGAAAUCGUCGGUCUACAAGAAUGCUGGACUCAGAAAGAUUAUCUCGCUAUCCGUGAGCGAACGAGACAUUUCCUGCCGUAUGGCAAGUUCUACUGGAGCGGCAUCUUCGGCGGUGGUCUGGCCAUCCUGUCCAAAUGGCCCAUUGAAGAGAGUACCAUGCUCAGAUACCCUCUCAAUGGCCGCCCCGCUGCCUUCUAUCGUGGCGACUGGUAUGUCGGCAAAGGUGUAGCUUGCGCCCGCAUCCGACUAGGUCCUGGCAAGAAAGACGUCGUCGAAGUCUUUACCACACAUCUGCACGCGCCUUACGAGGCUGAACCGAACGAUUCCUACAUCUGCCACCGUACCGCCCAAGCAUGGGAGAUUGCGAAACUCAUGCGUGGUGCUGCCGAACGUGGUCAUCUUGUCAUCGGUCUGGGUGACUUCAACAUGAUUCCUCUUUCACUGGCACACCGGUUGAUCGAAGCCCAUUCACCCGUCAAGGAUGUUUGGCGAAUAUUGCACCCCGACUCUGCAAUUGGAGCUGCUAUACACGAGGCCGAGAAGGCGAGGGGCAGACCAGUCCCCUCAUCAGAAGAAUGUCUGCAAGAGCACGGAACCACCUGUGACCACAGGUACAAUACAUGGCGUUGGAACAAGGUCGACAAGAAGAAGCUGCUGAACAAGGGAGAAGACACCUACAUUGAUGGCUCACAACCAGAUCCUCGAGCCAAGCGUUUAGACUACAUCUUCUUCGGCGGCGACGCCGAUGGCCCAGCAGCACAAUGGAGCGUCAAGAGCGUCAACGUAGGAGCAACAGAACGACACCCAACACUCCUCUGCUCCCUCUCCGACCACUUUUCCGUCGAAACAACCCUUGUUCGCUCAUCACACCCCACAAACACACUCCCACAAUCGACAACCUUCUUGCCUCUGGAAACCUACGAUCAAAUCCUCGCCAUGGUCCACAAAUACGAACUCCGCGAGCGCAAACAACGAAGAUAUCGUCUUUACCACUUUGGCCUCGAGCUAGUCAUAGCAAUCGGCUGUUUGAUCGCCGUCUGGUGGUCCCCACGCAACUUUGUAGCAUUCUUGCUCAUGCUCCUGGGUACACUCGGUCUCUCGGCCGGCGUUAUCGAUGGCUUGAUGGGAGGAUUAUUUGUUGGAAGCGAGUUACGCGCACUCAAAGAGUUUGAAUGGGAGAUUACCAAUGCGAGGGACAUGGCGCUUGCCGCUCAAGAGGCUUUGUUGAAGUAG